AAGGGGUCAAAAAAGUUAGUCAUGACUGUGCAGUCAGUGGGACGGAUUCCAGGUGGUUUUGUCACCAACCAUGUUUACAGCUGGGUUGAUCCCCUAGGCCGAAGUGUGUCACCACCCGCCGAUCUGCUAGACCACCACAGUAAUUCACUCAAAAGAAAAGAAAGUUCAAAGAAAGGUACUUUUCGGCUUCUGCAAGAGGGAGAUGAGAAAAAGGUCAAUUUGGUCCUAGAUGAUGGAAAGUCACUGGGUCUUAUGAUCAGAGGAGGGGCUGAGUAUAGUCUUGGGAUCUACAUCACUGGAGUGGACAGAGGUUCAGCAUCUGAAGCUGCAGGGCUUAAGAUUGUUCAGAUCAUGGUAGCUGGAUACGCUCCACCACCAUCGGGUUUUAGAGGCUAA